ACUCUAUGGUGUGUUUUUGACGUUUAAGUACAACAUGACAAAAAAAGCUACAAAACAGUUUUUUGUAUCGUUUUAAAAAUUUUAUAGUUCUUAACUUUUUGAAUGCUUGUAUAUUAAAAGUUAUGAGUUGAUUUUCUAUAUAAACAAUGUAUUUUCCGAUCGGGUGGCCAAAAGUUGUUCAGGUUCCGGAUUUAGGUCAGUGUUCAUUAAAACAAGUGAAAUGUAACAGAGAUCGUAUUUUAGUAGCAAUUUUAACAGAUGAUAUAUUAGCAAUAUGGUUUUGUAAGCCUUGUGUGCCAAUUGUAUUUCAUCGGCGAAAUACAGAAUCUCUAUCAAAAUUUGGAACCAAUAUUAUAGCAGAAUGGAAACCAGAUUCAAGUAAAAUUGUUGUUGCUACCUCAGAAGGACAUCUUUUACUUUAUACGCUAAAUGUUAUAUCAAAUCAAAAAGGGUUGUAUAUCCAGACUGACUCUCCUCAUGCUAACUUAAGAAGAGAUAGUGCCGAACUAUUUAUUAAAGAAACUAUACCUCCCCUGUCUUUGCAAAUAACUGAAGAAGCUCUAGUAUGGGAUGGAAAAAUAACAGGAAUUGUUUGUAUAACAAUGUCUGAAAUAAUGUUAUCUACUACUGAAAAUCAUGUACUGAGAUAUAAAUGGGAUGGGACUCAAAACAGGGAUUAUACAUUAGAUUUAAGAAGGAUACCAUUCUGUAUCAAUCAACAAGUUUCUAAAGCAAUACCUAUAGUGGAAGAUAAUACUUAUAUAAUUGAUAUUGAAUAUUCUCCGUUAGUUGGAGGAUUUUCUAUAGUGCUUAAUGAUGGAAGAGCAGCAUUUCUUACAGCAUCUUCUUUAAAAUUUGACCCAAAUCAAGUGCAAGGAAUAUGGGCUCAACAUAUUGAAGACGCUACCUGUACUACUAUUAAUCACAAAUAUAGAUUAAUUACCUUUGGAAGGUCAAACUCUGAAUGUAUAGUUUAUUAUGUUGAUGACAGUACUGGUGGACUGGAAGUUUCACAUAAUUGUCUUCUAAGUAGUAAGGAUUACCCUGGCUGUCCAGGAUCAGUAGGCAAUGUAAUAUGGACCCCAGAUGGAUGUGCUUUAGUAGCUACCUGGCAGCAAGGGGGCUUAGCAAUGUGGUCUACAUUUGGUGCAUUACUUAUGUGUUCUCUUGGUUGGGACUAUGGUUUGAAUAUUGACAUACAAAAAUGGAAUCCUUUACAAAUAAUGUCAUUGGAUUUUGCAACUGAAGGUUAUCAGUUAUGGAUGGUAAGAAAAAGCAAUACAUAUGACUCAGAAAACCGUACAGUUGAUAAUAAUAAUCUUUCUCAGAAUGAGUCUGAUUUAAUUCUUUUGGAUUUUGCAAAAAGUGCAUUAACAAUUAAUCCUUGUAUGAGCCAACAGAGUCAUCUGUAUUUGCAAGGAGAAGACAAACUGUAUAUAAAUUCAUCAGAAAAUUUAAUCAAAACAUUUUCAGAAAGAUCAAAUCGUGAUGAUUCUGUUUUUGGAGAUAAUACUAUUUUUACAACUACAUUAGCUGAAGGUAGACAGUGGCUUGUUAUUCCAAUUCCUUCCACAUAUUCUGCUACUAACUGGCCAAUUCGGUAUUCAGGUAUAGACAUAGAUGGUCAAAAUAUUGUUAUAGCAGGUAGGACAGGUGUAGCCCACUAUUCCUUGCAAACCAGAAGAUGGAAAUUGUUUGGAAAUGAAACUCAAGAAAAAGAUUUUAUUGUUGCUGGAGGAUUGUUGUGGUGGAGGGAUUAUAUUAUUCUGGGAUGUUACAGCAUCAUAGAUAAUUCAGAUGAACUAAGAUUUUACUCAAAAGAAUGCAAAUUAGACAAUAAAUUUGCAAAAAUAAUUCCUGUUAAUGCUCCAAUUUUGUUAAUAAAUAUUUUACAAGACCAGCUGAUUACUUUUAGUUCAGAUGCACAAGUUUGUAUUUGGAGACUUAAUCAAAAUGAUUCAGCUGGUGAUAUAGAUCUCAUAAAAGUUCAAGCUAUAGAUGCAUCAGCGUUAGCUGUUCACCCUGCUUGUAUAGUAUCAGUUACUUUGACAGCUCUGAGAACUGAAACUAGUGGCAAGAAUAGUAAUCCAAGAAUACCAGAAAGUAUUGUGUUAAAUGUGAGUGGUAGAUUGUUGUUAGUCCAAAGAGAAAUUAGAAAAGGUGAAAGAUUUACCUGCCUCAUGCCUACAGUAUUAGCUAGUUGUGUUGAAAAUGUUUGGGUGCCAGCUAUUACUCAUCAAGAAAAAGCUCAUUUGACAGAAUCCUUGUGGCUUUUCUGUGGAUCUCAUGGAAUGAGAGUGUGGCUACCUUUAUAUCCAAGGGAUGGAGAUAAGCCUCAUAGUUUUAUGUCAAAAAGAAUUAUGCUUCCAUUUCAUUUAAAAAUUUACCCUUUAGCGAUAUUAUUUGAAGAUGCUAUAAUACUCGGCGCCGAAAAUGAUACAGUUUUAUAUACAUCCGAUUUAAAUUCACCAUUUUCACUGCCUUUCUGUGUUCUUCAAAGAACUAGUCAAGUUUACUUGCAUCAAAUAUUAAGACAACUUAUAAGAAGAAAUUUAGGAUUUCAUGCUUGGGAAAUAGCUAAAAGUUGCAUGAGUUUACCAUAUUUUCCUCAUUCAUUAGAACUACUUCUUCAUGAGGUUUUAGAAGAAGAGGCUACUAGUAAGGAACCUAUACCCGAUGCCCAACUACCAAGUGUCAUAGAAUUUAUUAUGGAGUUUCCAGUUUAUCUACAAACUGUCGUGCAGUGUGCACGAAAAACUGAAAUUGCUCUGUGGCCUUAUUUGUUUUCAGCUGCCGGCAAACCAAAAGAUUUGUUUCAAGAAUGUAUGGAUAAGAGUAAUUUGGACACAGCAGCAUCAUAUUUAAUAAUUUUACAGAACCUGGAAACCUCUUCGGUGAGUAGGCAAUAUGCAACCAUGUUACUUAACACUGCUUUAAAUCAAUCAAAAUGGGAAUUGGCCAAGGAUUUGGUCAGAUUUCUAAGAGCUAUCGAUCCAAACGAUGUAGAAUCUCCAAGAAACUCUUUUAUACUUCCCAGCAAGCUGAACAACCUUCAGACUCCUCCAGUAAGCCCAAACGCUGAAGAUAUAUCUGUUAUAUUAGGGAACGUGCAGAGUUCGAGGGUUCGAUCGUACAGUACAACAAUAUCGCCAAAAGUAGUUGAAAAACCCAACAACAGUGUUGACAAAAUGAAUGCUUUACAAGAAUCUCCCAAAUCAAAUCGCAAGAAAUCCGUCCCUUCUUCAUCAAACGCCAAAGCAGACACAAAUUAUGUAAGAAAACGUUUUAGUAGUUUCAAGCCGCUGUCGUCCUAUUGGCGGAACAUUUUUAAAUUAACGACGCCUAAUAAUACUGCAGAAGAAUUUUUCAUAGACGUCAUUCUACAAAAACAUGCGAGGAGGUUGCUAUCGAGUCAUCGUUUAACGGAUCUGGGAUAUUUUGCGGCUCAUCUUGAUUUUCAUUUGGUGGCUUGGCUGGCAAAAGAACGCGACAGAGCCGCUAGAAUUGACGAUUUUGUCAAAGCUCUGAAGCAGCUUCAUGAAGAAUUCCAAUGGCCCUAUCCUACACCAUCAACUUUGUCAUCCAGGGCUCAGUCUUUAGGAGAAACACAAAUUCUUGAAGACCAGCUACGUUCGCUAAAACUGGACGUUUUUAACUAUCCGACUUCGUCAAGUAGAGUGGGAGAUAGUGGGUAUAUGAGUUUCCAGGGUUUGCCCGGCAGAGGACUGAUAACUCCACUUAGUACCUUGGAACAGUCCAGUCAGAUAGCUGAUGAAAUAGACUUGGACUUAGAGAAUCACAGUCCUAACGAAAAGGUAAAUCCCACAAAUGACAGUUCAAGUCCACAAGAGAAGGAACAUUUAUUUUUUGGAGCAGAAUCAGCUGCCGAUCAUUUUAGUGCAAAUCUAAAUCUAGGUUUACCCACUACAGCUCUACAAACGAAUAAUGCCAUAGACGAAUCUAUAAUGAGUACGGUAAGUUCGGUUUGGGGUGAAGACAUAGUUUCCAGUCCAGGAACUGAAAAUUGGGAAGUUCCUUCAACUCAAAUCCUGGAACAACUAUCGAAUACCGACAGCAGAGGAUCACAUAAGUCGGAAAUACAGUUGAGGUACUUACUGCAGCUGUUUAUGGAAGCAAGUUGUUUGGAAUGGUCUUUGUUGAUAUCGGUAUUACUUAGAGACGCCAUGGCCGUUCUGAGGACGGUGAACGCAGCUAAAUCUCCAGAUCAGUCAAUAGAAAUUGUUUCUAGACUUCGACAGGGAUUGUUAAUUUUGAAUUAUUGGACGAAUACAGAAUGUUUGGGAUAUAAAGCUUUCAUGAUCGCUAUCCAAAACCAGGUAUCCGUCUUAACGAGGAUACUCGAAACCAAGAUUCAACACCAACAAAUCGUCGAGUACCAACAGGCCGUAUCUGCUAGUUUGAACAAGGUAACUCUUCAGAAACCACGUCCUCGAAAGACUAGUCAGAGUCAAGACACGGCCAAUCAGAAUGUACCUGUAAAAAGUAAGAAAAGCACUUCUAGCAACGUUAGUGUUUCUAGUAACAAACUAAAUAGCGAUGUAGGUCCUACUAGUACAGGCGAAUCCCCUGUAGAAAAUCACGUAGAAAAUACUAUUAUACCCGAGAGUACCGGGUGUGUGAUAUCUUAAAUACGUAAAAAUAUUUACGUGUUUUUUUUUGCUUAGUUUUAGUCCAUGUUAAAAAUAUAGUAAUACAUUAAAUAUAUAUUUAU